GCCACUGCUCCUCACCUUCUCAUUGGUGAACGUGAGCAGGUGCGUCGGUGGGAGUCGGUGUCGGGUGGAGCUGCCCGCCGUCGUUGGGGUGCGACGCAGCGGCCCGAGCCUCGGUGCCGGGCGAUCCGGAUGUGUGCGAGUGUGACAGUGACAGUGAGUGACAGAAGCACCAGGCAGGAAGUGAGAUCGAUGCCCCUCCCGGCCAGAGCCAGAGCCAGAGCCAGAGCAGAGGCUGAGGAGGAGAAGGAAACCCGGCGGCGGCAACCAGAAGCGCGGCGCUAGUAGUGAAAUAUUAACGAGACGAGGGGGUUCGGAGCGCAGAUUACGCACACAGCUGGCGGUAAGGAAACACCGAUGUGCCGCUCCCUGCUUUCCGUAGCUGGUCGACGCAGAGGGCCGCGAUGAAGCUUCACGAGAAGAUCCUGAGCCACUACCUGUCCUGCAGCUCACCUGUGGACAAGGAGGGCUUCCUCUACAAGAAGGGCGAGCGGAACACUUCCUACCAGAGGCGCUGGUUCGUGCUCAAGGGCAACAUCCUUUUCUACAAGGAUCGCCCCGGCGACCGCGACCUGCUCGGCGUCAUCGUCCUCGAGGGCUGCUCCGUGCAGCUCUGCGAGUCCGACGAGCAGUUCGCCUUCUCCCUCGUGUUCAGCGGGGCGGGACACCGCAUCUACAAGCUCGCCGCCGACGACCAGCCCGGCCAGGAGAGCUGGAUCAAGGCCCUGCUGUCCGCCAACCACGACUUCCUCUCCCUGCUGCUCAAGGACCUGGAGAAGCAGUAUGAAGACGCCAAGAGGUCGGCGUACUUGGAGGAGAGCCGCCUUCGCUGCACCGUCAUCGGUCCGGACGCGGAGCAGCUCACCCAUUCGCUGUGCGCCCUCACCUGGGGGGGCCCUGCCUCGGGCGCGCCUCCGGGGGCGCGAGAGGCGCGCAGCUACAGCGCAAACUCCUUCCUUCAAGCCCAACCCGUUGCCGGCAAAUCGAAACCCAGCAAAUCCCCGAAGCUGUGGCCCAAGAGGAACGCUCACGUGACCCCCAUAAACGGGCCGGCGCCCCCCCUCGGCGAGUGGCCCUUGGUGGGCUCGGGGCCGCUGGAGGAUUUCCCCGAAUUGCACGAGCACUACGGUAAAGAGAUUAAAGAACUGAGAGCGAAGUGGUUGCAGGUGAAGCGAGAAGAACAAGCGGCGGAGGGAGACCUCAUUGAUUUUGGGUAGAAGCGGACAGUGUGUGUGUGUGUGUGUGUGUGUGUGUGUGUGACACUGUGCGUGACGCUGAUUUGUACAGUUUUUUAAGGUUUCCUUUGUCCUUUCCUGCUGGAUUUUUCUUCUUUUUUUUUAAAAAACUGAUUUCCUGAACCAACUCCUCUUCGGUGAGACCCGUCGUCCGGAACCGAAGUGAUGCCGGCGCCGUGCUGCGCCGGUAUCCACCGGGUUCACAUCUCAGGGCUGAAACAGAGAGCCAGGUCGGAUCGUGACUCUGGUCAAACUAUGCUGUAAAUGACCUCGCGUGGUUUCUGUGCGCUCUUCAAACUCAAUUUCUGAGCUCCUCUGAUUGCCCUGAACCUGUGUGUGUCACUCAUCUUAUUUAUAGGCUUUAUAGAACAGUGGCGUAAGCGGCGCACACUUCAAUCCAGGCUCAUUCGCAGGGAAUCCAGCUGGGAGGAGGGAUGCAAGUGUGUGUGGUCUGGUGUCCGCAAGGCAUCGCUCCCAGGGCACCGACCCCCCCCUCACCGGUUACUGCAAUUACGUGCUUGUUUACGCCGAUCCGCUAACGAGGGAAUUUUAACGAGCAGCGGGAAGAAAUGGACCUGACUGCAGCGUAAUGAGCGGAGGGAAGCGCGUUCGAGGCGCUACCAUCGCAUCGGGUCACAGCGGAGCUCUUUCGGCAACAACAAAGUGUGCGUUCCACCGUCGGUGCAACACGUUUACUGCUCUUUUAAAACACACUCGGCUUGUCCUCAAAUGCUGAUGCGGAAAUGGUCCAGUGUGUGUGUGUGUGUGUGUGUGUGUGUGUGUGUGUGUGGGCCUCGGGAGAGACGAACACGGUCACUGUGUUGUGCUGGUGACACGGAGGAGGAGCGUCACCGUUGCAAGAGGAAAUUAUCGCUGAUAUGAUCUGGCGUGAAAGCGAUGUGUGGAAACUUCACUUUCUUUGUCAAUAAAAGUUGGAAGGUGGACCUUGUGGUUCUCCAGUUGCCUCCUAUGGGUCUCGUCAGGCCGGAGGGGGCGGAGGGGAAACACCCAGAACGGGACGCCAGUCCAUCCAUCGCAAG